AUGGACUCGGAAGACCGAAUAGAAAGGACUGUUGAUAUCUACAUCAGUGCAGAGGCUGUAAGAGACAUGAAACAUAAGAAAGACACAGAGGACUUCAACACAACAAAAACCCAAACACCUCAACAUACAGGAAGUGAUGGUGUGACGAUCAGGAGCUCCAGAGCAGCUGUGGUGUGUUUGGUGCUGCUGUGUGUUCUUCUGCUGACCGCAGUCAUAGUGCUGUGUGUCACUUUCACUCAAGAGAGACAACAGAUAUUAACUAAGAUCACCAACCUCACAGAGGAAAGAGACCAGCUACUAACCAACAAUAUGAACCACACAAAAGAGAGAAACCAGCUACUAACCAACAACAUGAACCUCACAAAAGAGAGAAACCAGCUACUAACCAACAACAUGAACCUCACAAAAGAGAGAAACCAGCUACUAACCAACAACAUGAACCUCACAAAAGAGAGAAACCAGCUACUAACCAACAACAUGAACCUCACAAAAGAGAGAGACCUGUUGAAAUCAGAAAAAAAUGAACUUCAGACGCUUUUUGCUGACCAGCUACUAACCAACAACAUGAACCUCACAAAAGAGAGAAACCAGCUACUAACCAACAACAUGAACCUCACAAAAGAGAGAAACCAGCUACUAACCAACAACAUGAACCUCACAAAAGAGAGAAACCAGCUACUAACCAACAACAUGAACCUCACAAAAGAGAGAAACCAGCUACUAACCAACAACAUGAACCUCACAAAAGAGAGAGACCAGCUACUAACCAACAACAUGAACCUCACAAAAGAGAGAAACCAGCUACUAACCAACAACAUGAACCUCACAAAAGAGAGAAACCAGCUACUAACCAACAACAUGAACCUCACAAAAGAGAGAAACCAGCUACUAACCAACAACAUGAACCUCACAAAAGAGAGAAACCAGCUACUAACCAACAACAUGAACCUCACAAAAGAGAGAAACCAGCUACUAACCAACAACAUGAACCUCACAAAAGAGAGAAACCAGCUACUAACCAACAACAUGAACCUCACAAAAGAGAGAGACCUGUUGAAAUCAGAAAAAAAUGAACUUCAGACGCUUUUUGCUGGUAAGUUUCUUCAGUCUUACUAG